GUGGCCUUGUCGGAAAGAGCCGUAUAGUAAAUCGGGGUGAAGCCACUUACUGACUGGAAAGUUGUGGGGCUCAGCUCACGCACAGCAUUAUCUUCUUCUUCGUCGUCUUCGUCAUCCUCUUCAUAGCAUUUCAGGGAGAUAUUGACACGAUCCUCAAUCCACUCAGGCUAGUGCUUGAUUUUUUACAUAUAAAAAGUAGAUUCUUUAUAUCUGGAAAAUAAUAAAUAAAUAAAAUAAAAAGGCAGUGCUCUCGUUAAUAUGGGCGGUGGUGGUGGUGGUGGUGUUGGCGAGUGAAUUGGCGACCACUAAGCGCUGCCCCAAAAUGGCUACUGCAGCAUCGGCAUCUCCUUUCAUGCUUCAGCUUCUCCCCUCCGCUGCUUCUUCAGCUUUCUUCAAUGGCAGUCCUCAAAGGAGUCAUUUUGCGCAUCUGGGUAUCUCCAGAAGCCAUUUGUUUCACUCUCCCGCUCCCAGGCUAAGAGGGUCUUCUCUUAUCCGAUGCCAAUCGACGAGCACCAAUGAACCGAAAACGAAGAGGAACCUUCUCGAUAAUGCCAGCAAUCUCCUGACCAAUUUGUUGAGCGGGGGAAGCCUGGGAUCAAUGCCUGUGGCUGAAGGUGCAGUGUCUGAUCUGUUUGGUCGCCCCCUCUUUUUCGCUUUAUAUGAUUGGUUCUUAGAGCAUGGAUCUGUUUAUAAACUUGCUUUUGGACCAAAAGCCUUUGUUGUUGUAUCCGAUCCCAUUGUAGCCAGACAUAUUCUUCGUGAAAGUGCAUUUUCUUAUGACAAGGGAGUUCUUGCCGACAUCCUAGAACCAAUCAUGGGAAAAGGACUUAUACCUGCUGACCUUGAAACUUGGAAACAAAGGAGAAGAGUUAUUGCUCCAGGAUUUCAUGCAUUAUACUUGGAGGCGAUGGCUAAAGUGUUCACAAGAUGUUCAGAGCGGACUAUCCUGAAAUUUGAAAAUCUGCUCAAAGGCACUAAUGCAUGUGGAGAGGAUGAAAUUGAGCUAGAUCUUGAAGCAGAGUUUUCGAGUUUGGCUCUUGAUAUCAUUGGGCUUGGUGUAUUCAACUAUGACUUUGGUUCUGUUACAAAAGAAUCUCCAGUUAUCAAGGCCGUCUAUGGCACUCUUUUUGAAGCAGAGCAUCGGUCUACCUUCUACAUCCCCUACUGGAAAGUUCCAUUAGCGAGGUGGAUAGUUCCGAGGCAACGGAAGUUCCAUAAAGACCUCAAGGUCAUCAAUGACUGUCUUGAUGGGCUCAUCAGAAAUGCAAAAGAAACACGACAGGAAGCAGAUGUCGAGAAGCUGCAGCAGAGGGACUAUUUAAACCUUCAGGAUGCGAGCCUCUUGAGGUUUCUGGUUGACAUGCGGGGUAGUGAUGUAGAUGAUCGUCAGCUAAGGGAUGACCUCAUGACGAUGCUCAUUGCUGGACAUGAAACAACAGCUGCUGUUCUUACAUGGGCUGUGUUCUUUCUAGCACAGAGCCCCUCUAAAAUGCGAAAAGCGCAGGCAGAGAUUGAUGCAGUGCUCGGCCAGAAGAUGCUAACUUAUGAAUCUCUCAAAAAAUUGGAGUACAUAAGACUUAUCAUAGUAGAGGCACUGCGUCUGUAUCCUCAGCCCCCUUUGCUCAUCAGACGAUCCCUCGAAUCCGAUCUAUUGCCAGGAGGCCACGGGGGUGGCAAAGACGGCUAUGCGAUUCCUCCUGGAACUGACAUCUUUGUUUCUGUGUAUAACCUUCAUAGAUCUCCAUAUUUUUGGGAUAAUCCAAACGAUUUUGAACCAGAGAGAUUCUUGAGGCAAAAGAAGAGCGAAGGCAUUGAAGGAUGGGCGGGAUUUGAUCCAUCUAGAAGUCCGGGAGCACUCUAUCCGAAUGAGAUAGUAUCGGAUUUCGCAUUUUUGCCCUUCGGCGGCGGGCCUAGGAAAUGUGUCGGAGACCAGUUUGCUCUCAUGGAGUCCACGAUAGCGUUGGCAAUGCUCCUGCAGAAAUUCGAUGUGGAACUCAGAGGGCCUCCCGAGUCUGUGGAACUCGUCACAGGAGCAACUAUUCAUACCAAGAGCGGGAUGUGGUGUAGAUUGAGGAUGAGAUCCGAUGUGAAUCAGUGAAUAAUAUACAGGUUAAUUACCCAGAAAAGCAUGACAUUUAUAUUUUUUUUUAAAUAUAGCACGAGUGCACGACUUACAGAAAAUAACACAUAAAUGUACGAUUUUUGUUUUUUUUUUCCUAAA